AUGACAAUUGAUAUAAAGCACUUACGCAUGUUCAACAUCCUCAGAAGCUGCUACCUUUUGACUCCUGGACGUGGAUGCGGGAAGAGCAGGAGCAUGGUUGGAGCUCUUUUUGGCAGACAAAACUUUACGUUCUCUGUUCGAAUCCUCCGAGCUCGAACUAGAGGAGACGUUGAGGAAGAACGGCUGCGCCUUCUUUCUCGUUUUGGUGAUGUGUAUUUGGAGCGCGAUCGAGAUCGAGAAGUUCUUCUAGGAAACUCACGAGAUCUUCCGCGCUUAGGCGAGACUGAUUCCUUCGUACUACGACUUCUACCUCUGUUUCUUCUUGAACCACGACUUUUUUCUGGAGAAGAGCUCCGUUCACGACGUUCAUUCAAUCUUUCCCGUUCUUCUUUGGAAGAGGAAGCUCUGUGGCGUCUUCUGGUAUUUUUUUCCUCAGCAGAAGAAGAGGAACUUUUUUCUCUUUUUCGCGGGAUAUCUUCCAACGAAGAACUGCUCCGCCGCCUCUUCUUAACAGGUGAUGAUGAUGAAUUAUUGCUACUUCGACCACUCUCCUUUUUCUUUGUUAACUGGACAGAGGAACGUUCUGUAGACUUCCUUGCAUCACUAUACUUACGUGAGCGUUCCCUUGCGUGUUCAGAAUCAGGUGAUUCAGAACGGCUUUUCUGAAA